CUAGAUAAAAGUGAAAGAUUGAUAUGUUUGAAAACAGUAAUCCGUUACGAUAUAGUAUUAUUAGUUGUUAUCGAUUUGUUUAUAGAAGAAGAUGAGCGCGAAGAUCAAGAUUUAAAUCGACGAUACUCUCGUUUUUCAAAAAUCAGAAGAGAAAUUGCAAGAUCAAAAGAUACGUCCACGAUGUUCUGUUUAAGAGGAGAGACGAACGGCGAUACGAAGUUUAAAGAGAUAUUAAAGCAGGAUGAUUUCGGAUGGUGGUUGAGCGACGAAGAUGACCUAAAAUCGCCCACAUCCGCCAGUAGCAAGGACCGUCUAUCCUUGGGAUCGUCUGAAUCGAUGUUCUCUUGCGUGGACUCGGACGAUACUGAAAAUUAUUUUCUCGCGCAAGAGUUCAAACAGGAAUGUAAGGAAUGUAAUUACGAAAAAAUAGAGCUUACAUCGUUAAUUCACGAAAAUUUGGAUCUUAUCGAGCAAGAUACGAUAAGAAAAGAAUCUGACGUCACGCCAUUUCUAAUGGAAGAUGAAAGAUACUCGAACGACUCGAAAUCAAAGUCGGAAGCGUUACACGGCAUGUGUUACACCCCAGAAAGAUUGGUCAGAUCUCAGGAGUAUCGAAUAUUGACGCCAUCGCCUCGCUAUUUGUCCAUCUCUCAGCCAAAAAUCGUGCAAGAAAAGGAAAAUUCACGGAAAGGGUUUUGCUGCCGGCGGCAAUUGAACUGUUUUAUCGAUUCGAAGCAACCUGCGAUGCAACUGAAAUCUUUCGCGGAGAACAGGCCGAAGGAAGGAAUUGUAUCGACAAUCGGUUUGCAUAGUUGGAAGGAUAACAAGCGGAUCUAUAACGACGAUAUCGGGACAAAGAAUAAUGAAAAUGAAACGAAAAUGGAAGACGUAUCUGAUUAUAAUAAAUCGUGCAGCUUGCAAACACCAGACUCGAUCAGCAAGAGAUCCAGUUACGACAAAUUGAACAUCACGUGGGAAGAUUGUGGAAAGAUGGGGACACGGAGUUCCUCGUUGGAUACUUCCGGUAUCCAGAGCAACGACUGGAGCUCGGAUACGCACAGCGACCUGCAAAACACAUUUCUGUGUCUCAGUGAUGAAUUGGCGACGACUGAUUACAAGCUAGAUAACUCGCAGGAACGAUGUACUGCCAUCAAUGAAGUAGUAUCAAUUCUUGAAGAACUUGACAUAAAUCCUGAGAAAGCUACGAUUCUUCUUGAGGAAGAUCGUUUUUACGACAGCACGUCUACGCACGAUCAAUUAACCAGGCUGGCCUUGACGACUGAAACGGACGCUAAUGUGUUGGAAGUCCUCGAAAAUCCAGAACAUUUAGUAAAACAUCUUCAAAAUAAGAUAAAAAAACUUCAAACUAGCAACAAAGAUAUCUAUAGAGAUAUAUAUAAUCUUCGAGAAAGCUUUCAAUGUGAUGAACAGAGAAUAACGGAUAUCUUGUCUGAUACAAAUAAACUACGACAGGAUGUACAUGAGCUGCGAUACCUGGACGAUCUUUUAAAACUUUUACGAGGGGAAUUGGAAAGGAUUUCAAAAAGAAAUUGGCCAUUUGUUAUAGGACAUACAAAUCAUUCGGAAGAAAUGAAUCUCAUCGUGUGAAUAAUAUAAAUCCCUUCCAUUGCUAGAAUUUAAUGGAAGUUUUUUUCAAGAUCAUCCGUAACAUCGAUAUUUUGUUACUUAAAAUUAAUUUAUUCAAAGAGAGACACGGUUAAGUAUUUUUAUAACAACGCCAAAAGCGUUUUCACUGCCAUUGUUAAUUAUAAAAUAUGUAUUACAAGUUGGUUCUGCAAAUUUUUCUGUAAUGUUGUCCAAUGUCAAACGAUUAUGAUGAGUGCAUGAAAUUUCAAUUGUUUGCGCAAACAGAAA